AUGUCUUCAGCCCAGCAACCACAGCAGCGAGACAUCACCAUCGUAGGCGGCGGCAUCAUCGGCUGCUGCACGGCGUAUUUUCUCACCCGCCACCCGUCAUACUCGCCCGCAACCCACCGCAUCACCCUCCUCGAGGCCGCAUCCACCAGCAGCGGCGGCCGCACAGAGGACAGCAUCACCGACCCCGGCACCCUCGCCGACCCGGCGCGCGUGCAGAAGCUCCACCCCGCACACAACGGCAUCGCCGGCGGGUCGAGCGGCAAGGCUGGCGGGCUGCUGGCGAAGUGGGCCUUCCCGUCGAACAUCGUCCCGCUGAGCUUCAGGCUGCACGAUGAGCUGGCGCGGGAGCACGACGGCGCCGCGCGGUGGCUACCGGAGGACGCUGAAAACACCGACGGGGUGACGAGAGGACUGCACAAGGACCAUAGGAAGACGAUUAGCAAGCUCAAGAAGCUCGGUGCGCCAGAGGACCUGGACUGGCUCGACACGGAGCAUUCGCUAGUCGCCUACGACGGCAUGGGCACGCCCGAUGACACGGCACAGGUCCACCCCGAGCUCUUCACGCGGAGCAUGGCCCAGCUCGCGGAGGAGAAGGGCGUCAAGAUCAUCACCGGCGCGAGGGUCACGGCCAUCACCAAUGGCAGCAACGGCCACGUGGAGAGCGUGACAUACACCAAGGACGGGCAAGACGAGCAGCUCCCAACGACGGACUGCAUCGUCGCCGCCGGGCCCUGGACCGCACGGCUGCUCCCCAGCGUGCCCGUCACAUCGUUCCGCGCCCACUCGAUAGUGAUCAAGACGCCCCGGCCCGUCUCGCCCUACGCUCUCUUCACCUCCAUCGCCCUCCCCGCCGGCUUCCCCUCGCCGGCGCAGGGGAAGCCCCUCAAGCGGGCCCAGACCAUUGAGCCGGAGAUCUACCCCCGGCCGGACGGCACCGUCUACGCCUCCGGCGGGGCCGGAAUCGACCUCGAUGUGCCGCUGCCAUUGACGACUGCCGAGGUCGAGGUCGAUCGUGCCACCUGUGACGAGAUCGCCGUCCAAGCUGGGGCGAUUAGCGACGAGCUCGGGAGGGACGGCCAUGUCGUCGCUCGCCAGGCGUGUUACCUGCCGCAGGGCGGGCCGUUCAUCGGGCCUGUGCCGGGGCACAAGGGGGUGAUGGUGGCGGCUGGCCAUACGUGCUGGGGCAUCCAGAACGCGCCGGGCACGGGGAAGCUUGUGAGCGAGCUCGUGUUCGAAGGCAAGGCUAACAUCCUAGAGCACAUCACCAUGACGACCACCGACGGGAAGAGCAAGGAAAUCAAGUGGGAGAGCAAGGUAAUAAGCGUGGGGAGCCUCGGCUUCAGCUACCACUACUACGGCAGACACCACAGGUCCAGUUUCACCUAUAUGGACACGGACUUCCACACGAUCGCCCAGAUGACCGCCUGGACGAUCGCGCAGUCCACUGGGGAGGAGCGCGUUGCGGAUGAGAUAAUGACCGGCCCCGGUGCAGGUUACACGUCGGGGAAGUGGGAUGACAUGGGACUAAGCAUGGUGGCCGACGACACUUCCACGGCCGUGUACGCCGCCAUGCUGGCCACCAUGGCCAAGUUCAUGAGGACAAAGCCCCUGUUCGAUGCCCUCGUGAGCACAGGCGACAAGGUGUUCGUAGACAUCAGCUGCUCGUCCGACUCUUUCUGGUCCAUUGGGUACAUAUACAGCGACAUGUGGAAGAACAUCGACAAGUGGGGACAGAACCAGCUUGGCAAGAUUCUUAUGGUGGUUAGGUUCAUCGCUUCCGGAGAGCGCGACUUGGUCCAUGGGGGUGAGACUAUAACCGACAACAAGAUCAACGAGUUGGCUGCCCAGGCCAUGAAGGUGUACAAAAUCAUCGCCGACAGCGACUGGGAUGGGGUUGUUGAGAAGUUGGCGGAGGCGGAGGAGGAGAUAAGGAGCAAUCAGAAGGAGUCUUAA